UGUCAAGAUGUGUCAUGUCCGCCGCACUUCGUUGCGUUGAUUUGGAUUUUCGUUCGUCUAUCUUGUAUUAGUGUGAAGUUGUUCAGGUUAAAAAGUGUAUAUAAAUAAUCUGAAUUUAGCACUUGGUUGUCACCUAGGAAUGAUUAGAUUAUGUUUACAAAAUAGUGAUCUAACUUUUAAGAUUUAGGGUUUAAGAAUAAAUGCAUGUAAUUACCUCAUAAUGGGCGACCUAUUGUUAAAAUGUCCCUUAUGUUGUAGCGAGGUAUUUAACUCUCGAGAAUUGUUAAUUCAUCACUUGUCUAAAGUUUGGCUUAACUUGCGAUGUCCAGUUUGCAAUGACGAAUGUUCCUCAAUAUCACAUAUGAUAGAUCAUUUAAAUCAAGUUAUCUGUGUACCAAAGCCUAAGUCUGAGGUGGUGAUCUCAAACCCUAUAGUUCCGGCAGCAAUCCACAAUAUUGCUGAAGAGACUCCAAAUCUAGAACAUCACAAUGUCGCAGAAAACCAAGCAGAUCAGAUGUUAAAUCAAACCCAGGAUGUGUCAGAUGUCAGUAGAAUGUAUGUAGAGCUACUGAGCAAGCAGCUAGCCAAGCCCUGCCUGCAGACCCAGGAGCUGAAGCUAGUCAAGGAAGACGGUGAGAGCCGGUAUGUCAUAGUCACGCAGGAGGAGUCCGUCUUGAAGUCCGGGAGCACGGUGUUCACUAAGCAAAACAGUGAUGGGACUAUAUCAUUGACUACGGUUAAAGAUAUGAAGUUAGAGGCGGACCCCGUAGAUCCACUUAUGCCCGAGAAUGAACCAGAGGAGCCCCAGGAGAUCUACAGCUGUAACACAUGUGGGGUCUCCUUUUCAUCCGUAAUAGAGCACAUACAGAACUACCACAAUGACCAGGAAGUUGUUGUUGAGGAGUCUCUAGAUAGCUGCCAGUUACCCAUAGAAUAUGAGCAAAUGAAUGGUGAAGAUGUAGCAACUGGGGAGCUGCAACAGUCGCGGCGCGUCAUCACAGACACGGGGGAUAUUGUGGAGGCGCCGGUGCUGCUCAAUGCUACUUUAGAGGACAAUAAUUUGACAAUCGAACCUCUGAACACUCUAGUUGAAAGGAAGCCAAAGUCGCCGCGGCCCGUGGCCGUAGUGGAGAGGAAACUGGUGCAAGUUGACAGCGUUGUUACUAAUCUGAAGAACAAGGAAGAUGUUAAAAAAGGUCCAUACCACAAGGUGGUAGUGAAAGAGAUGCAAAUGCUCGAGGGCGGCAACAAAGUUAAAGUGUACAAUUGUAUGACCUGUAAUAUCUACGUCACCACCUUGGACGAGUUCAAGUCACAACCCUGUAAACCUCAAAAAUUCCAAUGUCCUCACUGCUCUGUUGCAUAUGAAAAUUCUAAGUCAUUAAGUGCUCAUAUGAAAAUCCACAAAGCUCAUGCUGAAGACACGGACUCAACAGGGCCGUUCAAAUGUGACAUUUGUUCAACCGUGUUUCCCAGUAACAAAUCGUUAAAGUUGCACAAACGGAUGCAUGAUCCAGUCAAAGCACGACCAAUAGAGCUACCAGUGGAAUCCGAAGGCACGGAAACCAGCAACGACAAAUACAUCUGCUCGAUAUGCGACAAACUGAUCCCCAUCGACUACCGCGCCGUGCACCACAACUCGCACAGCACCGACAACAAGCACAACUGCGACAUAUGCAACCGCAAGUUCCACUCCAGCGAGUACCUCGACAUGCACAUGAGCGUGCACAACUUAGAUAAGGUCCAAGUGAACAAGCAAGAUAAAUCCCUCCCGUACAACUGCAUGUAUUGCACGCGGCAGUUCGCGCGGCCGCACGAAAAGGUCAAGCAUGAGAGGAUACACACAGGCGAGAAACCACACUCGUGCGAAAUAUGCGGCAAGUCGUUCCGGGUAUCAUAUUGUCUGACACUGCACAUGCGAACACACACCGGCGCGCGGCCCUACGCAUGUCCACAUUGCAACAAGAGGUUUAAAGCGCACAGUGUAUACAACCACCACCUACUGACGCACUCUGAAGUGCGCGCGUACAAAUGCCCGUACUGCCCGAAGGCGUUCAAGACCAGCGUGCAACUCGCGGGGCACAAGAACUCGCACACCAAGCCCUUCUCCUGCACACACUGCAACAGGCCUUUCGCAUCAUUAUACGCGGUACGAGCGCACACGGAAACGCAUGCGCGGCAAAACAACCUCAAGUUUUCGUGUACGUUGUGUGGGGCGAGCUACGCGCGGACAUUCGCGCUCAAGGACCACAUCAAACAAGUCCACAACAAGGAGUUAGAUGCUGUCAAUAAAACGGUAAGUUUGCUAGUAACAACAUGUGCGGUGGAACCAUCUAAACUCAAGUUCGCGUAUAUGUGUGGGGCGAGCUACGCGCGGACAUUCGCGCUCAAGGACCACAUCAAACAAGUCCACAACAAGGAGUUAGAUGCUGUCAAUAAAACGGUAAGUUUGCUAGUAACAACAUGUGCGGUGGAACCAUCUAAACUCAAGUUCGCGUAUAUGUGUGGGGCGAGCUACGCGCGGACAUUCGCGCUCAAGGACCACAUCAAACAAGUCCACAACAAGGAGUUAGAUACGGUCAAUAAAAAGGUAAGUUUGCUAGUAACAACAUGUGCGGUGGAACCAUCUAAAUACAAGUUAGCGUAG